AUGUUUAAUUUCGAAAUGUUUCUUCUACAAAGUAAGCUGGAGGCAUCCCAAAUGUAUAGCGCAGUUUGUUUGUAUAGAAUUCGGUCCAAUAUAUUUUUGGAUGCCCAAUACUCAUUAAGCCUUCUGGCCCAAACGAAAUUCCGGAACUUUCUUCCACCCACGAACAGGUCGAACAGGCCUUCUUCCUCAUUUUCGCGGGAAACGCCUGAACCGAAAACUUCCGCUGUCCUGCCGAAGCAGAUGGAAGAAGCCGACGAGAACCACCAAAACGACGCCGUCAAGAUCGAAUUGGACGGCGGAGGUAUCGGAGGAGGAGUAGGAGAAGAUGAUUUUCAGGUCGGCACCAUUUUUCCCCAGCUCAAAAUUUGCUGCUUACAGUUGCUGCAACUCCACCAGAACCCUAGUAUUUCGACAUCGUCAUCCCACAAUUCCGUUCUCUUCCAACUCCUCCGCCUCCUCCGACGAUCCCCUACGCAUUCUCUCCAGCCCUUAUUCGACUACGUCUUGUUUCCGUUGCUGCUUUUACUGGAUGCGGCAGUGGAUUGCAGAGCUUCACCAGAAAAUGAUGGAAAACCAGAGGUUUCUGGUGUUACCCAGUCACGACCACAUAAAGUGAGUGAUCUCGUUGCUGAAGGAGUUGUUGCUUGCUUGGAGGAACUUCUCAGGAAAUGUGCUCUGGGAUCUGUGGAUCAGAUGGUUGUCAUGCUAAAGAAAUUGAGUCGCGCUGCAAUGCUUUCUCCGUUGGAGGCCUCAGAAGAAUUCCGUGAGGGAAUAAUAAAAUGUUUCAAAGCUGUGCUGCUUCGACUGCAACCAUGUUCUGAUGAGUUGUGCUCAUGCAAACAAACUGAUAGGAUGUCGGAGCUUCUGGACAGAAAGGAUUCAGAAUUUCUACUAGAUAAUGUUGCCAAGUAUGAUUCAGAACCAAAAGAUUGUCUCCUUGCAUUUCUCCAAUCGGAAACUGCUUCUGUUGCAGUGGGACACUGGCUGCAACUUCUUCUUAAGGCUGCUGAUGUUGAGGCAGCUCGGGGACACCGAGGAAGUGCAGCACUGCGUGUAGAAGCUUUUAUUACACUUCGACUGCUCAUAGCUAAGGUAGGUAACGCGGAUGCUUUGGCUUUCUUUUUACCAGGCAUCGUUAGUCAGAUUGGGAAAGUUCUGCUAAUGUCCAAAACAAUGAGUAGUGGAGCAGCAGGAAGCAGUGAAGCUUUAGACCAGGCAAUCAAGAGUUUGGCGGAGUUUCUUGGAAUUGUUAUGAUGGAUGAUCUGAAUCUACAUAGUCUUGCUACUUUCCCGAAUGAUUCUCUCCAGCAUGCGGGCAAGGGAAAAUCUGUUGUUGCAGUUCUGGAUCAACUUCGCAGCUUGCAUUCAAAGACUGGGCAUCCGGGUGAAGCUGUGGUUGAGAAAACAUUUGAAAUUGCCCCUAAGAUUGAUUCAAAGCCUGAAAAAGGCAUGAGAGGUUCUUUGCGCGUGGAUCGCAGUAAGGAUUGGAUCGCAAAUACAUCAACUCACAUUAAUAAACUAUUUUCGACAACUUUUCCUUUUCUUGUUGUUCAUCCAUCAAAAAAAGUGAGGCUAGGAAUUUUGUCAGCCAUAAGGAAUCUUUUAUUGAAGUGCCGAUAUACAUUGCACGAUAGCAGAUUAUUGCUUUUGGAGUGCGCAUGUGUUUUGGCAUGUGAUGACUCUGAGGCGGUGUCCUCUUCUGCACAGAUGUUCUUAAAAUGUUUGUUUUCAUCAAACCGGCGCGACGUUGAACAAGAUUUUGCAUUGAUAUUUAGCAGGCUCCUUGAAAAGAUUCCACACGUGGUUCUAGGAAAUGAUGAGUCAGUGUUUCUCUCACAUGCCCGGAUGUUACUUGUGGUUAUAUAUUUCUCUGGUCCGAAAUUCGUGGCUGCACAAAUACUUCACUCUCCAGUAGCUGCUGCUCGGUUCUUGGAUGUUCUUUCUCUCUGCUUUAGUCAGAACACAGUCUUUGCUGGCUCACUGGAUAGGAUUAUGGUAGCAAAACCUUCUUCAGCAGGUUUUGUGCAUUCUAUUGCAGAGAUGGAAGCCACCCGAAAUGCUUGUCCUGAAGAUAUUGAAUCUAUGGUGACUAAACAAUUGCCAAACCCGAAAAAGGAUGUUACUAGGGCAUAUGAGUUGCCAGGCAGACCACCUUGGUUUGGUAACCAACAGGUGUACCAGGCUCUGUCAGCAGUUCUCAGACUUGUAGGUUUAUCUUUAUUUGCAGCGUCUGGAAGCAAAGCAUCUCUAUCUCUCAUCCUCGAUGUUCCACUGGGUUUCAUGCGUAACCUAAUCUCAGAAAUUCGUGCACGGGAGUGCAGUUUGGAGAGUUGGGAGUCUUGGUAUAACAGAACCGGAUCGGGACAGCUGGUGCGACAAGCUAGUACAGCUGCAUGCAUUCUAAACGAAAUAAUUUAUGGUCUGUCUGAUCAAGCAAUGGGUGCCCUUUUGAGAAUUUUUCGACAUUCCUCCUUAAGUGGACAAAACUUUGACGAAUAUGAUGCAACUCUUCCGAAUCAGAACUCUUGGAAAUUCUCUUGGGAUAGACAGUCCCGGGAUCAAUUGAUUGACUGUCUUGGGAUUAUAUUGCAUGAAUAUCUUUCUCCAGAAGUGUGGACUCUUCCGCUUGGUCUCUCUGAAUCCCUCUUGCAGCCUAAUUUAAAUGCCGAAGCUUUAAAUUUGCAUUUCUUCCACGAUAAUGCCAUGCUUCACCAGGUUGUGGCAGAAGGAAUUGGUGCCUUCACUGUCUGCCUUGGAAGUGAUUUUUCGUCUUGUGGAUUUCUUCAUUCCUGCCUUUUUAUGUUGCUUCAGAAUCUUGUCUGCUCAAACUCAAAAGUUAAAACUGCAUCUGAUGCUGUACUACGCACUAUCGCCAGUACUCUAGAUUACCAAACUGUGGGCCAUUUAGUGAUAGCAAAUUCAGACUAUGUUAUAGACUCAAUAUGCCGACAACUGCGCCAUUUGGAUCUGAAUCCUCACAUGCCUAGUGUACUUGCUGCGAUGCUUUCCUAUGUUGGAGUAGCUCAUAAGAUACUGCCUUUAUUGGAGGAACCGAUGCGGGCUGUGUCUUCGGAACUUGAGAUUCUUGGCAGACGUCAGCACCCUGAUUUGACCAUUCCCUUCUUAAAGGCAGUACUUGAAAUAAGCAAGGCUUCUGAACACGAGGCUUGUAUUCUGCCAAGUGAAUCCGAAGUAGUUUACGAGGAUAUCAAAUUGGAACUUUUGGAUAUUGAGAAGAAAAGGGAAAAGAAAACUUGUUCUUCUACCUUAGACUCUGGAGAGGAGGAUGCGUAUUUUGAUGACAUCAGCAGGGAGAUGCAGCGAUGGGAACCUGUUGUGCUGAAGUUGAAGGAAUCUAGAAGAUACAGAAGAAUUGUUGGAUGUAUUGCGGGUUCUUGUGUAAUUGCGGCGACACCAAUUCUUGCUUCAUCUCAACAAGCCGCCUGCUUGAUAGCUUUUGAUGUCAUUGAUGAAGCCAUUGCAGCACUCGCCGGGGUCGAAGGUGCCUACCGGCAUGAGAAAAACACCAGAGAGGCACUCGACCAAAUAUUUGAUCUCUGCUCACUUCAUAGCCUUCAGGAUAAUCUAGCUGCCGAUGAAGAUGAAGCUGGGGAGAAUCGUUUGCUUCCUGCAAUGAACAAAAUUUGGCCAUUCUUAAUUGCCUGUGUUCGAAAUAGAAACCCCAUGGCUGUUCGAAGAUGUUCACAGACUAUAACAAAUGUAGUGCAAAUCUGCGGAGGGGAUUUCUUCACUCGCCGUUUCCAUACUGAUGGUACUCACUUGUGGAAAGUCCUGAGCACAUCUCCCUUCCAGAGAAAACCCAUCUCCAAAGAGGAGAGGACCUCCUUACAACUUCCUUACAGGAAAGUAUCCUCCACCUUUUCUGAUGCUGAUGGUGUGGCUGAGCUAUCAACCCUAAAAGUUCAGGCAUCAGUGCUGAACAUGAUUGCGGAUAUUGCUCGGAAUAAAAAGAGCUCUUCUGCUCUAGAGACUGUCCUGAAGAAGGUCAGUGGUCUCGUUGUAGGGAUAGCCUGUAGUGGUGUCGUAGGUCUUCAAGGUGCAGCUGUAAAUGCACUUUUGGGUCUUAAAUGCAUGGACCCUGAUCUAAUUUGGCUUCUUUUAGCUGAUAUUCACUUCUCCCUGAAAAAGAAUGAUGUGCCUUCACCACCGAGCCAAGAAUUUCCUGAAAUAUCUCAGAUCUUGCCUCCUCCCUUGUCAUCGAAAGGUUACCUUUAUGUUGAAUAUGGAGGGCUGAGUUAUGGGUUUGACAUUGAUGCUUCUGCCGUGGAGCAUAAAAUGGAAAAACAAAGCAGGAAGAGAAGCCCAGAUGAUGAACCCAAAAAGAAUCCAAUUUUAGGUAUUGAUGAUGAUGAUGAUGAUGAUGAUAAAAGAGAUGCCUCCUCCAGGAGCAAGCGGAGCAAGAAGGAGAAGAGAAGGGAUAGAGAAGAUGAAGACAAGUCGUCCAGGCAUAAGAAGAAGCACAAGUCUCAUGACAAAUCUUCCCGUUCCAAAGAUAAGAAGUCGAAAGAUAAGCACAAGGUUUCUAGUAGCAAGCAUGCUGCUCACCCAGAACUCUCUAGUGAUGAUUACUUUGCCAAGAAUAAUGAGUUUGCUACAUGGCUUAAAGAGGAGAGAAGGUUGUUUUUCUCUGAUCUUUCGUCUGAGUCUGCAAGGGAAUUAUUUUCGGAUUUUGCCUCGCGGUGGAAUGCCAAUAAACUCGACUCCCGCUAUUAUGAGGGCAUCGCCACGGGUCCUCGGACAUCGCACAAGUGGAAUAUAAAGAAGUAG